UGAACAAUGGCGGCGUGUCUGAUUUCGUCCAAAAACCUCUCAGAAAAAGUGACAAAUGGCAAGACUCUGGUGGUUGGAGCCGGUGGUAUAGGAUGCGAAUUGAUUAAGAAUCUUGUUCUAACAGGUUUCAAUAACAUAGAACUUAUUGAUUUGGACAUCAUUGAUGUCAGCAACCUUAACCGGCAGUUCCUGUUUAGGAAGGAGCAUGUAGGAAAGUCUAAGGCCCAUGUUGCCAAGGAAAGUGCUCUCAAGUUCAAUCCUGGUGCAAAUAUCAUAGCAUAUCACGACAGCAUUAUGAACCCUGAUUAUGGAACAGAUUUCUUCAAAAAUUUCAACUUAGUUUUGAAUGCAUUGGAUAAUAGAGCUGCUCGAAAUCAUGUGAAUCGCAUGUGCCUCGCUGCUGAUGUUCCUCUUGUAGAGAGUGGGACAGCUGGCUUUCUGGGGCAAGUCACUCUAAUCAAAAAGGGUUUGACUGAGUGUUAUGAAUGUAAACCAGCACCAACCCAGAAAACUUUUCCAGGCUGCACAAUCAGGAAUACGCCAUCAGAACCAAUUCAUUGCAUAGUAUGGGCCAAGCACUUAUUCAAUCAGCUCUUUGGCGAAGAUGAUCCUGAUGAAGAUGUUUCACCAGACACGGAAGAUCCAGAACAUACUGCAGAUGCCGGUGAAGAGGCGUUACAUCAUCAAGCUAAAGAAGGAUUUGAUGGUGGUAUCGAAAGGAAGUCCACACGAGCCUGGGCAGUAGAGACAGACUUCAACCCUGAAAAACUAUUCCACAAAUUCUUCAAGGAUGAUAUCAAAUAUUUGUUGUCAAUGCAAACACUGUGGAAGAAACGACGGCCUCCGGUACCGCUUGAUUGGAACUCACUGCCGGAUACUGUUGAAGGAGAUACAAACUCGAACAAGGGGAAGAUCAAAGACCAGAAGAUCUGGAGUAUGAGAGAAUGCAGGGACAUGUUUGGGCAGAGUUUAGGUAUUCUGAAGGAGAACUUCAAGAAUCAAGGAGAGGACGCCAUGUUGGUGUGGGAUAAGGAUGAUGAAGGUGCCAUGGACUUCGUCACAGCCACCGCUAACAUUCGUGCUCAUAUAUUUGGAAUUCCAGUAAAAUCAAGAUUUGAUAUCAAAUCAAUGGCAGGCAAUAUCAUUCCAGCAAUAGCUACCACCAAUGCCAUCAUAGCUGGUCUUAUCGUCACAGAAGCCUUAAAGAUCCUAGAGGGAAGAAUCAAAGAUUGUCGCACUAUCUACCUCUCCAGAAAGCCCAACCCAAGAGGAAAAAUCCUAGUGCCGUGCCAGAUCGAGACAGCUAACCCCAAAUGCUAUGUCUGUGCUCCAAGACCCGAGGCAACAGUCAGGUUAAACACCAAGACAAUCACUGUCAGAAGCUUUGAAGAAAAGAUCAUGAAGAAGGAGUUUGGUAUGGUGGCACCAGAUAUCGAAAUAGGUGAUCAGGGCGUGGUCCUUGUGUCUAGUGAGGAGGGCGAAACAGAAGAAAACAGCGAAAAACAUCUGGCAGACUUCGGAAUCAGAAAUGGGACAAGAUUGAGUUGCGAUGAUUUUCUACAGGAAUAUAAUCUCAUUGUCAAUAUUCUUCAUUCGGAAGAUUUGGAAGAUGAUAAAGAGUUUGAAGUAGUCGGCGAUGUAUCCGAGCUGGGCCCAAAAGAGGCAGCGACAUCUGCCGAGAAUGGAGACAAGCAAUCGGGGGCAAAUAAUGGAACUGCAGCUAAUGGAGAUGAUGAUGAAGUUGAUGCGGUCAUGAUCUUGGAUAAUGAUGACGCCAGUUGGGCUGAAGGCGCGGCUGCAAAGUCAAGAAAGCGUAAACCUGAGGACACAGAAGACCCACCAGCCAAGAAAGUCAAGAUAUCUGGACCUGUCGAAGUUGAAGACGACGAAAUUUUGAUUCUUGAUGAUGAUUGAGCUUCGAAUAUCUGACUUUAUGAUAAAAGUGCUGCAUUUCUUGCAAGGAUUUGUCAUAAAUAUUGUACUGAGAUUGAAUUACGUUCGUUCUUCAUGUGACAUGCGUAAAGAGAAAGGUUAUGAGUCUGAGGCAGUUUGUCUCUGACAUUGGCAUCAAUUGGAAAAUUUGUGCUGAAAGUGUUAGUAUCUACUUGUUGGAAUGUAGGGUAAUGGAGCAGUAAGCACUAAAGCAUUUUAUAGAUUUUGUUAAUCAUAACUGGUAUGAUGUUUAAUGAUGAAUAUUGAAUUGAUACAUGUAACAAUAAAAAUCACAUUUGUAA